GUUCAGUCUUGCCGAACCUGUCGUCGUCAUCACGUUACUUUUUCUCUUGUUACCGCAAAACGACGCGUUCAAUUUCAGUGUCUUCUGUGAGAGAGAAUCUCACACACAUAUGCAUAAAAAUACUAUAUAUCGUCACAGUCAGAGUCGGUCGGUCGUCUUAUCGAAACGCAAUUUCCAGAAAUUUUCAUUGUAAUUGAUUUUCGUUUUUAUUCAAAUUGUGUGGUGAAUCGAGUGCUGCUCAUACCCUACUUACUACUUGUUAGGCAUUCAAAAUGUGUUUUAUAUAGAGCAGAGCAGAGUGUUUACCUUCUAUUACCUCAACGAAAACAAGAAAACAAACGCCGAGGAGUUGAAUACAAAUUACAAAUUAUAUACAUACUUCCUCCUUUUGAUCGUGAUGUGAUGAUCUUGUGACUUAACAUAACAAUGUGAUUAAUGUGUUUCUUUUGGUUUUUGGAAUAUUUUAAGUAAACACAGUGAACUAUCAUUGAAAACUCCCCGCUUGGAUUGUAAUAUCUAAUCGAUGACCAGCAGCAGCUAUAAGCAACGCAGUAGUGACGAGGCCCUCGCCGAGCAGCUCAGUCUGCCACGCAGAAGCCACGCAGGAGGAAGUGUUACGCCUAUCUAUCGUCAAAUCUCCGGGGCCAUGGCCACCUUACCGCGAAAUGAACCACGCGACACUAGUGGAGCGGAUCAACGGUUGCGCAGUGACUCUAUGGCCACAUCGAGAACAUGCGUUUAUAUUGGUGGAGCAGCGGCGACUUCCUCCCCAAUGGCAAAUGGUGGAACAGCUGGUGCUGCUGCCUCAGUUACAUUGGAUCGCCGUCAACCACAGCGCAUGUCCUGGCUGAACAUGCGUAGAGCCAAGGCUGAUGCCGAAUUGGCUGCCAUCACACCAUCGCCACAGACUACACGCAGUUGCAUCUCCACAGUUUCCAGUGUGGUCGAUAGCGGUGGUGGGAGAACCACUGCCACCUCGGGUCGCAUUAGUUCUAGUGGAAUUAUCACACUCAGCGGCAGCAAUAACACACUGAGCGAAAUCCAUGGUGGCUAUCAGGAUCAUCACGAUAAUUUGCAUGAUCUGCACGAUGGCACGAUCUCCAAAAACUAUUCAGUAUCGGCUUCAGCCAAUUCAACGCACAAUAUAACAACAGCAAGCAAUGCCAAAUUGCUGCCAUCAGUCGAAGAUGAAGCCAACAAACAGACGAAAUGCUCUGUUUUUCGCGGUCUUGUGCUCUGCAUUUGCCUGAAUGUUAGCUAUGCGAAUGUUGUGCGCUUUCCCCGCGAAUUGGAUCGCUAUGGGUUGGCCUAUCUGCUGCCCUAUGUAAUACUGUUGUUUCUAGUCGGACUGCCUAUGAUACUGCUGGAGAUAUCAGUGGGACAGUUUUUGGGUCAGGGUGCGGCUCACACAUGGCGGGCAUCGCCCAUAUUCAAAGGCGCCUGCAUCAUCAGUCGCUUCGCCUCGUGGGUGUCGGCCAUUUGGGUGUCGUUGCAGGCAGUUCUGGCGUUGGCCUACAUUGGGAUGUUUGCCUCGAACUCGCUGCCCUUUCGCGAAUGCGUGGGCAAUUUAAAGUUGAAUAUGAAUGGCUAUACAGUGACGGCGAACAGUGGACAGGAGUGUCUCCAGCAAACAUUUCUGACGCCAUUCUGGCGAAAUCCUUUGUACUUUGGUCUAUUGGCAGCUGGCCUCAUCGGCCUCUGGAUUGUGGUAAUGCUGUGCACCCACAAUGGAAAAAUCCUGAGACGUAGCCUGUUCGUAUAUGGCCUGUCGGGCCUAAUGUUGCUUUGUGCCCUCACAGGCUGGGAGGUACGCAACUCGUUAACACGUCACUACUUUCCCCAACUCUGGGCUUUUGAUGGCUCCCUGCUGGCCGAAAGUAACAUCUGGUUUAAUGCCCUGAUGCAGGUCUUAUUCUCGGUGAAUUGCGGUUUCGGCUCUUUGCCCAUGUUAACCGGCAAAUUUCUGUACAAGGGCGAUGCUGUGAGAACCUCUGUGGUUUAUCUCUGCUUUAAUCUGCUGAUCAAUGCCAUUGCUGUGACCCUGUUCAUUGUACAGUUUGAUCUCUUGGGGAGAGAUGACCUUCCGGUGAUGGACGAACUAAAGCCACUGACUGCGAUCUAUGAUCGAGCCAUGUAUGUUGUGAAUAAUGAGGAUGGGGGCAGUUCGCUGAUUCAGCAUCUUGUGCCAGCUCUGAUCUAUGCGUUAAUCAUACUGUCGUCUCUGGUCUCAAUCACUGUGGCUGUCUACACAUCGACGAGGCUGGUGCCACGUCGCCCCAACUAUGUGGUAUGUCUGAUUGCCCUGGUUGUGGCUGUUAUAUCGUUUGCGGCACCGAAAUUCCUGAUUGCUCGAGUCCUCGACUCACGUCUGGUGGGUACAAUGAUAGUGACUGCUUUGGUCUUUGAACUGAUUGCCAUCUCGUGGAUCUAUGGGGCCAAGAAUAUCUACACGGAUCUGGAAUUCUCCAUUGGACGACCCAUUUUCAAGGGUUGGAUGUGGUUGUGGGUCACCUGCCCGGCCGUACUCACGGGCAUUUUGGUUUGGUGGUGUGCCGAUGAUGACCAAUUCGAUCUGCUGGCCGAAUAUUUGCCUCGUUGGGCUCCCAUAUUGUUCGUACUGGCGGUUAUUCUCAUCAUUGCGUGUGUGCAGAUCUUUCGACAGGUCGAAUAUAAUUUCUUUGGCAUGAUCUGUGAGGCCUCAAAGCCGGCAAAGGAAUGGGGGCCGGCUGAUCCCUUGGCUCGCCAUUCCUGGAAGCAAUGGCGUUCGGUAUGUCAAGAUACAGGACGAAGGGAUUUCACUCUUCGUCGUCGAGGCACACGGGAUUACACACAUUCCAUUAAGAAGGGUCAAUACUCCAGCGCCCAAAAGUAUGCAACUAGCAAUGGAGGCCAGACACAGCUGCAACAGCAGCAGCAUCAUCCACAUCAUCUACAUCAUCAGACCCAUUGGAAAUCCUCAACGCCUGGCAAUAGUUCACCCAAUUACAGUGGCUCCAUGUUUGGCGACUCGGCCAUAGAGGAGGACAUUAGCGUGGACAAGUUUCCGGGCAUCACGCAGCAGCAUCAUCAUCAGUAUGUGCCAUUCCAGGCCAGUGAUGGCAAGCCGCCACCACUCAGAUAUUCUCAGCGUCAACGCCAAACGGCUCAACCUCAGACCUUAACCCGUCUCCCGCCUCCAGCAGCAAGCAGUACCACAGUGGAUAAGCAACACCGAGAAGUGGUCUAUAUAAGACGGCUCUCCGAUGGAGGAAACGGAAUUGGUGGCGGCAAUCAUGCCACUCGCAUCGAGAUUUCUCCAUCAAAUGAGUCCAUUACCUAUGGCAAUGGCAAUGCGAAUGGAAAGGCCAUACCACCCUCAGCCACCGCCAUGUCUCGUAAUCCUUUGGGUCGUUCCACUGGCUGUCUGGCCGGACCAGUGCAUCCGCCACCGCCCAGUGUCCACAUCAAACGCUCCGCCAGCUCUGUGGUCAACGUUAAUUCGCACAAAUUACCACCGCCCACCUCGGCGGCUGCCGGGGAUCACAUCUGCUGGCGUAAAUUUAACGUUAAUCCCGAGGAGUACUCCACAGAGCUGUGAAGAGCAUUCACACACAUUUAAUAAGACUUGUUGCAUCCAAAACAAAGCAAAACAAAACAAAACAA